UUAGUAACAGUUCUGUAGAGCGCACGCGUCACCAUGGCACAAGAUAACCUCACCGCAGUUUUACACAAAACAAAAGAUUUACGAUUGGAACAAACACCCAUUCCAGAAAUCGAUGACGAUGAGGUCCUUUUACGUAUGGAUUGUAUUGGAAUCUGCGGUUCGGACGUCCACUACUGGCAAUCUGGCUGCUGCGGGAAUUUUGUCCUCAAAGAGCCCAUGAUUAUGGGCCAUGAAGCUUCAGGCGUUGUUGCUAAGGUCGGGGCGAAAGUUAAGAACCUGAAAGCGGGCGAUCGUGUUGCCAUCGAACCCGGCGUGCCAUGCCGCCACUGCGAUUUCUGCAAGAGCGGCCGGUACCACCUGUGCCCCGACAUAAAGUUCUGCGCCACUCCACCGUUCCACGGAAAUCUCUGCCGCUACUAUAAACACGCUGCUGACUUUUGCUAUAAACUACCGGAUCACGUAUCGAUGGAGGAGGGCGCGCUACUAGAACCUCUCUCGGUGGGCGUGCACGCGUGUCGGCGCGGUGGGGUGUCGGCCGGCCAGUGCGUACUGGUGCUGGGGGCGGGGCCCAUCGGCCUCGUCACGCUGCUGGCUGCGCGGGCCAUGGGUGCCAGCAAGACUAUCAUCACAGAUCUCCAUCAAGAUCGGCUUAACACUGCCAAGAAAUUAGGCGCUGAUCACACGGUGUUGGUAACCAUGGACUCCAACGAGGCGGACAUGGUUCGCAAAGUACACGAGUUGCUCGGAACACAUCCGGACGUCUCCAUUGACGCAAGUGGUGCGCAGUCCACUGUACGCUUGGCUUUGCUGGCUACCAAAUCUGGUGGUGUGGCAGUACUUGUGGGUAUGGGAAGUCCAGAGCUGACGCUACCGCUAGCUAGUGCCGUAGCGCGCGAGGUCGACAUCCGCGGCGUCUUCCGAUACGUUAACGAGUACCCCAUAGCACUGUCCUUGGUGGCGAGUGGACAAGUUGACGUGAAGCCGCUCGUAACACACCACUUCUCGCUCGAAGAGUCGCUCGACGCGUAUGAAGUCGCGCGCCGGGGACUCGGUGUCAAGGUCAUGAUACACGCGCAAGCAAGAGACGCAAACAACCUCAAGCCCUUCCCCUACUGACUAUCUUAUUGACUAAAAUAUAUUGGUGCGUUCUUAAAUUUAACAUAGCAUUACUGGUGUUGAGUCCAAACUUUCAAAUGUCGAUGCACGCUCCGAUACGCUCACUUUCUGUAAAAAUUAAUCAACUAAAAAAACUGUACAACAUUUUGUUCUACACUUCAUAAACUGUAAGAUAUUAUAAGUUUUUUUGUUUUAUGAUAAAAAGUUGCACUCUGUAGGUAUAUUUUAUACAGAACGCAAGUGAAGCAUAAUUGGAUAAAAAAUUCGACAUGUAAAAAAUUUAUAAAAAAAUAAAGUGUGCAUCAAUCUAAAAUAUCUUGCUUGUGUACCCAGUACUCGUAUAUUUGUCAGACCCAGUAAGCUUUGUUUAAGAAUACACUUAAACUAGUUUUGUAUACUUAUUUCGAAAAAUAUAAAUUUAUAAACACCGCCGAUAUUAAAAGACAUAUUAUAUUUUUAUAUCGAUGGAAUUGAAUAAUAUGAAAAUUCAUAAUAAUAGAGAUUUGUUCAUUCUUUUUUUAGUUAUUUUGCAUAAAUUUAAACGUUAUUAUGAAAUAAACAAUAUUUACUGGG